GAAAACCUGCACUCACCACCCUGUGCAACCGUCGAAAAUAAAACGAGAGGAAUUCGGCAGGGAGCAAAUAUAUUCCAAGGCCAUCUUCCUGCCAGUCUUCUCCGGGUGCUCAUUUGAUUACGUCGUUUCUUCUUCUCGCAAUGUCGACGGUACCCGGGCAGGACGCAAAGGACAAGGGCAACGCAGCCUUCAAAAGUGGGGAUUUUCCCGCAGCCAUCGGUCACUAUACCGCCGCCAUCCUCGCCGACCCCAAGAACCCGACGUACCGCUCAACCGCAAGUAUGAACGAGGAUGCAGAACGUGAUUGCGAUGUGACAAUCAGGCUCGACCAGAGGAACGUGAAAGCGCGGUUCAGGAGAGGGCAGGCACGGAUUGGGCUUGACAAACUGGAGGGUGCGAGAGAUGAUUUCAAGCGAACCUUACAGCUCGACUCUACGAAUGAAGCCGCGAAACAGGAGCUCGCGAAAGUCGAAGCGCUGCUGCAGUACCGCUCUGCGAAUGCAGGAAAGAAGCGUACGCCAAUUGACGUUACUGUCCCUCCUUCUGCCUCAAGAGCAUCCAGUAAUGGUUCCGUGCCAAGGCGCCGUCGGGUACCUAUCAACAUUGUUGACACGCCUUCGCUAUCUACAUCGUCACCCGUCCCUGCAAAAUCUCAAGCCGAGACAGCAUCUGAACCAAAGAAACUCUCGAAUAUUGCUUCGGUUUCAACUGUAGAUGAUUUCAUGAAACCAGUGUCGACACGAACCCUCACUCCAUCUACAUCUGCCGCUCCCGCUGCGACGUUGGCGCCUUCCUCUAAAUCAGCCUCCUUCAAAGAUCUCAAGCAAGCCCGAGAAGCGAAUAAGUCUUCUCCAGGCCCAGCCCCUUCCACUAGCGCUGCAGCGCCGACAAGUCCACAGCCCGCAUCACCACCAGCUGCUGUGGCUCCGCCGAGAGCAGGCGCAGGGGGAGGCAUAUUCCGGUCAAACGGCAAGCAUACAAUAUUCGGCUCGAGUACACAAGGGGCAGAUGUUCCGAAGAGCGAAUCCUCGGCCCCUCCGAAACCUGCGUCGGCGGCCAGCGGCCAGGGACCUAUGUCGCUCUUCACAUUCAAUCGUACUUGGGCUAACAUCGACUCGCCGGAGAGCAAAUGGAGCUUCCUAAUCGAUAACGUCCCCCCAGCCUCGCUUCCGGCGAUGUUCAAGACGUCACUGGAGGCGCCGCUUCUGGUCUCUGUACUCGGGACUUUCAAGUUUAUCCUCGCAGAGCACGACGAUAAUAGCUCGGCGAGAGAUUCUGUGAAAGCGUACCUCUUGAGUUUCGCGCGCGUACCACGGUUCAGCACCAUUAUGAUGUUCAUGAGCAAAUACGAGAGAACGCUCGUCAAGGAGGUAUGGGAUGGUAUAACCAGGACAGAUGAUCAGGUUGAAGUUGGUGUUAGAAAGGUGUGGGGUGUGCUGUAGAUUGUCUGUCAUUGCGUCAUCUUAACAUUCCGCACUCUGGCACUCUUGUGUGUGAUGCCAGGAAGGAGGGUACUCAAUGAACUUAAGUAGUGUCUCUGUCAAA